UCCUACCCCAGCGUCUGUGCGCUGCGCCUGCGCGCCCGGCACGCCCCCCGCGCGCACCCAGGCCACCUGCACAAGGUGCGCGAUGGCCACUGCGAGUUCGCUCCUGUGGUUGUCAUUCCACCCCAGAGCAUUCACAACGUCACCGGGGCGCAGGUGUACCUGUCCUGUGAGGUGAGGGCUGUGCCCACCCCAGUCAUCACGUGGAGGAAGGUCACACAUUCCUCCGAGGGCACCCAGGUGCUGGAGGAGUUGCCUGGGGACCACGUCAAUAUAGCUGUCCAGGUGCGAGGGGGUCCUGCCGACCAUGAGGCCACAGCCUGGAUUUUGAUCAACCCCCUGAGAAAGGAGGAUGAGGGAGUGUACCAGUGCCAUGCGGCCAACACGGUGGGGGAGGCCCAGGCCCACGGCACAGCGACGGUGCUAGAGCUGAGUAAAUACAAAAGCCGCCGCUUCCCAGCUCCAGAUGACCACAUGUGAUGGAGUAAUGGUCUCAGAAGCAUGGAUCAUGGAAUGACAGAAAAGUCAAAUAAUGGAUCGUUUUGCUUUGUGAAGAGUUGGAAAAACUGUGUUUGUAGGUGACCCCUUUUGUAUGUUUUUAAAAGUUGGAUGCAAACUAGAUUCGUAUGCAGAUGUAGCUUCUAGCAGGGCCAACACUGGGAAAACAGAUAUGCAUGUGGUUUUAUAAUACUUUUUAAAUGAA